GAGCAACUGAUGAGGGCUAGCAGAAACGCUAAUAUGCCUGACCCGUAUGGACACAUCAAGAUCUUUGCUGACCUGUCUGCAGAAACUCUACAGUUCAGGAAAAACCUAACCCCAAUCACUACUACCCUGAGAGAACAAAAGUUCGUAUACAGAUGGGGAUAUCCCGCCAAGCUGCUGGUCCACCACGGAGGAACCCUGCACGCGAUCUUUACCCUGGACAUGGGACUCUCUAAACUCAAGGACUGGGGCUUUCAGGUACCAGAGCGGUCGCAACAGAAACCGGCGAAGGUCCCCAGAAUCUCCCCUGAACACUGUGUGAGCCAUCCACCUCCAGAUGGAG